CGCCCCAAUCGCAUUGACGAGGAACGACGCGUUCGACGUGUCUCGACCGAGACAGGGACCAAUGAAAUGAUUGACCUGGCAGUCGCUCAUUGGCCCACGUCGUAGGCUCGAUAAGUCACCGUGCCCCUUUGUCGACUCGGGAUGGGUGUGAGCUUCACGGCGGCUGCGAGCAUGUCAGCAUCAGAUCUCUCGGAUUCAGGUUGCUGAGUUGACUAUUCUAUUCCACGCGUUCAUAUUAAUAAGACCAUAAUUGACAUAGUAGACUCAGUCUACCCAAAUCAAAUCAUUGUUGCAAUCGCCUUAUCUUUUUUCGACGUAUUUUGUGAAUUAUUCUUUUUAUUUUUUGUUUUCUUUUUCUGUCUCUUGGAAAUUGAGCUCCUUCAGAGACUCUGUCUUAUUCGAGAAGCCUCAAAUUAUUGCCACAUAUCAUAUCCAAGUCAAUCCUAACUCCAAGAAACAGCUUCGUCUUCCCCUGGAACCACGGACACCUGGAAAUUUCGAAAAGAUAGUUGACGACUUUAACUUAGACACUGGAAUUCUAAUAUUUCCUAGCUACGGUUACUUGUAUAGAAUCCCAUUCUUCUCCACUACUACACAGCGAUUCAAAAAGCCUCAAAUUGUUGCACCAAAUAAUAUCCAAUUCAACCCAUCUCCAAGAAACAGCUUCGUCUUCCCCUAGAACUACGGACACCUGGAAACUUCGAAAAGAUAGUUGACACCUUUUACUUCACCGCUGGAAUUCUAAGAGUUUCUGCGCUCCGAUUACUUGUAUAGCAUCCCUUUUACUUCACUGUGCCCUCCCUUCGUAUCCGUUGGCCCCUCGUUUCUCUCUCUCUCCCACACACACACCAACCGCCAAAUCCACAGAAUGAGCUCCAAACCCUGAUGAGACAUUUGAAAUCUCUAUCAAGAUUCGAUCGCUGGAAGAAAUGGCAGCCCCCAAUCUGGUAAAGGCGCUUGUCUUGUGUUUUUUGCUUCAAAGAUCUCUCCUUUUCGUUGAUUCAGCGAUUGGUAUCAACUGGGGGACGCGAUCUUCCCACAAGCUGCCGCCUCCCGUUGUUGUGGAUCUUCUGAAAGAGAACAGGGUUGGGAAGGUGAAGCUCUUCGAAGCUGACCCCGACAUCCUCCGCGCGCUCAUGGGAAGCGGCAUUGAGGUGAUGGUCGGGAUCCCCAAUGAGUUGUUGGGUGUGUUGGGAUCUUCGCCUGCUGCCUGCGAUCAAUGGGUCAGCCGGAAUGUGUCGAGAUUCAUGGACAAAGGUGGUGCCGACAUCAGAUAUAUUGCCGUUGGAAAUGAGCCCUUCCUCACAACCUAUCAAGGACAAUAUCAAUCUCUAGUUCUUCCGGCCAUGCUCAACCUUCAACAAUCGUUGGUCAAAGCAAAUCUGGCAAGCUAUAUAAAACUAGUGGUCCCUUGCAAUGCUGAUGCUUAUCAAUCAGUGUCAGUUCCUUCUCAAGGGACUUUUCGACCUGAGCUAACUCAGAUAAUAACCCAACUAGUCUCUUUUCUUAAUACAAAUGGGUCCCCUUUUGUGGUCAACAUUUACCCUUUCCUUAGUCUCUACCAGAGUUCAGAUUUCCCACAAGAUUAUGCCUUCUUUGGGGGUUCUUCUCACCCUGUUGUCGAUGGCCAAAAUGUGUAUUACAAUGCUUUUGAUGGCAAUUUUGACACUCUCGUGGCUGCUCUCAGCAAGAUUGGUUAUGGACAAAUGCCCAUAGCCGUUGGUGAGGUGGGUUGGCCUUCUGAUGGAACACCAAGUGCAAAUUUAAGUGCUGCAAGGGCCUUUGUUCAAGGGCUAGUCAAUCAUGUUUUGAGCAACAAAGGGACACCCUUGAGGCCCGGGGUUCCUCCAGCAGAUAUAUAUCUCUUCAGCCUUCUUGAUGAAGAUCAAAAGAGCAUACUUCCUGGAAGCUUCGAACGCCACUGGGGAAUUUUCUCUUUUGAUGGCCAGGCCAAGUACCCAUUGAACCUUGGCCUGGGUAAUGCUGCAUUGAAGAAUGCUAAGGAUGUUCCAUAUCUUCCACCAAGAUGGUGUAUUGCAAACCCAUCCCUGGAUCCUAGCGCUGUAGCAAAUCAUAUGAAGGUAGCAUGCAAUGUCGCUGAUUGCACCACUCUAUUCUACGGAGGAUCAUGCAACGCAAUUGGGGAGAAGGGGAACAUCUCUUAUGCCUUUAACAGUUACUAUCAGUUACAGAAGCAGGACGCCAGAAGUUGUAACUUCGAUGGGCUCGGGAUGGUUACCUUUCUUGAUCCCUCCAUUGGUGACUGCCGCUUUCUUGUUGGAAUUAGUGACAGUGGUAGUCCUGUUGGUUGCACAAAUUUUUGUGGCUUAUGGAUCAUGGCCUUGUGGAUAUUAAGUUAUGUAAGAAUUUUGAAUGUGUUGUAAUGUUCAAGCAACUUGUUCUUUUGUUUUUUCUUCUGGAGGUUCUGUGGUACCUCAUCGAAAUUUCAAGACUUUGCUCUGUGAGGAUGAACACAUAACUCUUAUACCAAAGACCACCAUACAUGUUUAUCUCAAUUGUGUGGAUGAGUGCAUGCUAUUGUCUCUGUAAUAUUCAUUAACUGAUUUGUUCGAUUCUGAUCAUUAAUUUGCUUGAUUUGUCAAAGUGGGU